AUGUCACUCAGGCUGCCACGGAACUGGAAUUUCAACCAGAAAAAGGAUAUGUCCAAAAUAGUUCGCUCCCAAAGCAUGAUGGCUGUUGACCCAGCGGGUUCCUGCAACUGGUCCUAUUCUCUCCAGCCUCCAGAGCGGCCUCUGAAAACAGGCUGGUUGAAGAAACAGCGCUCCAUCGUCAAGAACUGGCAGCAGAGAUACUUCGUGUUAAAAGGGCAACACCUGUCUUAUUACAAAGAUGAAGAUGACAGCAAACUCCAGGGUGUGAUCCGUCUCUCUGGCAGUACAAUCAAGGAGGUUGCUGGCACCUCUGAUGAGGGAGGGCGGUUUAUCUUUGAGGUAAUUCCAGGGAUCUCUAGAGACCAGAAUCGAACAGGGCAGGACUCUUAUUUGCUGAUGGCCAAUUCCCAAUCAGAAAUGGAAGACUGGGUGAAAUUGCUUCGAAGAGUGGCAGGGUCCCCACUGGGAGUGGUUUUUGGGCAACAGCUGGUGGAGACCAUGGUGUAUGAACAGAGGUUUGGGCAGCAUCAGGUUCCCAUUCUGGUUGAGAAAUGUGCAGAGUUCAUAAGGAAGCACGGUCUCAAUGAAGAGGGCAUCUUCCGACUUCCUGGCCAAGACAACCUAGUGAAACAGCUGAGGGAUGCCUUUGACGCUGGAGAGAGGCCGUCGUUUGACCGAGAAACAGAUGUACACACAGUGGCGUCCUUGUUUAAGCUCUACCUAAGGGAACUUCCUGAGCCAGUCAUACCAUGGACCCAGUAUGAGGACUUCCUCUUAUGUGGCCAGCUUUUAGCUGCUGAUGAGACAAAGGGGCAUCAGCAGCUAAUGAAGCAGUUGUCUCUCUUACCCCAAGACAAUUACAAGCUUCUCAGUUACAUUUGCCGAUUCCUGUAUGAAAUCCAGCAGAACGCAAGUAGCAACAAGAUGAGUGUGGAGAAUCUGGCAACAGUGUUUGGUGUGAACCUCAUCAGACCAAAAGUGGAGGAUCCAGCAACUAUUAUGAGAGGAACUCACCAUAUCCAGAAAGUGAUGACUGUGAUGAUCAGUGACCACAUAACACUAUUUCCUGUGUCUAAAGAUGUGGUUCCUUCUCUACCCCUCCAGAAGAAUGAUUCCAAGAAGGCCUCAGUGCCUCGCAGUUCAGUAGGCUGGGGUGCUGUAGAAAGGCCUCUAUCAUCCAGAGGGAAUAGAACCCAGUGGCAAACAUUCCUGAGGAAAGAUGAUUUAUGGGAAGAACUGAAACGGGAGAUAGAGAUACGAGAAAAAAAAGGUUACGAGGAACGAAUUAACGAGAAGGAAAACUAUGAGGUCUGGGCCAAAGUGGUAAGGCUAAACGAAGAGAUUGAGAAAGAAAAGAACAAAUCUGCAGAUCUGGAACGUAAGCUUCAGGAUAUCGAGUGUUCUCGAGAUGAUACUGAGAACAAGAACAAACUUCUAGAGCAGGAAAUCCUGGACUCCAUGAAAUCCAUGAAAUAGCACGGAACCAAAAGUGAA